GAGCAAGGUCCGUUGUCUAUUUCUUAUAAAAUCCAUGGUUGGCUGGGAAUUACGUCAGAAUGACGUCACCAGAGCCAACCAAUCAAAAUUUCCUGCCAAGUUGAAAUUUAGUCGCACCAGAAUUCAUUUCUUUCCUCUUUCCUUAGUCAAGAUUUGUUACGAAAAAACGAGUGUCUGGCAACAUUAGUAUAGUUUUGAAAUUGUAUUAAUAUGUUGAAUGUGAAUCAUGAGCAGUGAAUGAUCAGUCAUUUCCGAGAAAUUAUUUUAUUUUUUUCCCCUCUUCAACAAAAUAAUGGAAUAUUCUAUACGGUCGAAUAUGUAUAAAAGUUUUAAAUAAGUAAUUUCGUUUAACUGUUUGCAUUGCCUGAAAGUUCUAGCAAAAUCAAAAUUUCAUUCAAUUCUAAUGCAGUGUUUGUGACAUUCAUAAUUAAAGAUUUAUAGAUGCUAUGACAAUAAAACGUAUUUGGCCUAAAUAUAACAUUUAUUUCUCUUGAAUUGUUCCCAGAUAUCAUGUAUAUCAUGCACUACAUAUGUCUCCGCAAAAUGUAUUCAUAGUUUUAUAGAGAUAAAUGUAUAAUGUGAGCUAAUGUAACAUAAAUAGGUCUUUAUAGAGAUAAUUUAUAGAUAGAGAUGAAUUUAUAAUGCGGCUAAAAGCUAAUGUGGUGCAUCUAAUAUCUAUUUUAUAUAAAAUCACUGUAAGCCAACACAUGUUACAUUCAUUCAAAACAGGAACAACAUUGUGAAUUAUAUAGCUGGCACAUGGAUAUACACAUUGAAGAGAAACCUCAUAAGUGUGAAGUAUGCAGCAAGUCAUUUCCACGAAAGUACUCUUUAAAGAAACAUAUGCUUAUUCACACACGAGAGAAACUUUUUAAGUGUGAGGUAUGUACUAAGUCAUUUAUGAAAAAUUGUCAUUUAAACAAACAUAUACUUAUUCACACAGGAGAGAAACCUCAUGUAUGUGAGGUAUGUAACAAGUCAUUUCCACAAAAGGACUCUUUAAAUAAGCAUAUGCUUAUUCACACACGAGAGAAACUUUAUAAGUGUGAGAUAUGUAGUAAGUCCUUUACACAAAAUUGCCAUUUAAACAAGCACAGACUUAUUCACAUAGGAGAGAAACUUAAUGUAUGUGAGGUAUGUAACAAGUUGUUUACAAAGAAAGAUAAAUUAAACAAGCAUAUACUUAUUCACACAGGAGAGAAACCUCAUGUAUGUGAGGUAUGUAACAAGUCAUUUAGACUGAAGGGUGAUUUAAGUAGGCAUAUGCUUAAUCAUACAGGAAAAAAGCCUCAUGCAUGUGAGCUAUGUAAUAAGUCAUUUAGACAAAAGUGUAGUUUAAAUGAGCAUUUGCGUAUUCACACAGGAGAAAAGCCUCAUGUUUGCGACGUAUGUAACAAGUCAUAUAGACAGAAGUAUAAGUUAAACAAGCAUAUGCUUAUUCAUUCAGGAGAGAAACCUCAUGUGUGUGAGGUGUGCAAUAAAUCAUUUACAGAAAAAGAGAAAUUAAAGAUGCAUACGCUUAUUCAUAUGGGUGUGAAACCUUGUGUUUGUGAGGUAUGUAACAAGUCAUUUAGAUUAAAGGGUGAUUUAAAUAGGCAUAAGCUUAAUCACACAGGAGAAAAGCCUCAUGUGUGUGAAGUAUGUAACAAGUCAUUUAGACGAAAGGAUCAUUUAAACAGACAUAUUGUUCAUCACAGAAGAGAGAAGCAUUAUAUGUUUUUAGAGAAUGCAUUGAAAAGUGAAAUUCUAGUGACAGAUUCAAAUCAGAGAAGAAAUGGCAUCACUCUUCUGGAAACUGUCACGGGGCAUGUUGUUGUGCCAAGAGUGUUCGGACAUCAUCGUGCUGGUAAUUUUGAUUACCAUGGCUUCAGUAUCCAUAUGCUUAUCCACGCAGGAAAGAAACUUCACAUAUGUGAAGUAUGUAACCAGUCAUUUACUCAGAAAGGUAAUUUAAACAAACAUAUGCUUAUUCACACAGCAGAGACACCUCAUGUGUAUGAGGUAUGUAACAAGUCAUUUGUUCAAAAGAGUCAUUUAAAUGACCAUAUGCUUAACCACACAGGAGAGAAACCCCAUGUGUGUGAGGUAUGCAACAAAUCCUUUAGCUGCAAAGGUUAUUUAAAAAGCCAUAUGCUUAUUCACACAGGAAAGAAACCUCAUGUGUGCAAGGUAUGUAACAAGUCAUUUGUUCGAAAGAGUUAUUUAAAUGAUCAUAUGCUUGGUCACACAGGAGAGAAACCUCAUACGUGUGAUGUAUGUAACAAGAUGUUUAGACUAAAGGCUCUGUUAAACCAGCAUAUGCUAAUUCAUACAGGAGAGAAACUUAAUGUCUGUGAAGUAUGUAAUAAAUCAUUUACUCAAAAAAGUAAUUUGAAAAGCCAUAUGCUUCUUCACACAGGAAGCAAACCUCAUGUGUGUGAAGUAUGUAAGAAAUCAUUUUCUCAAAAAGGUAAUUUAAACAAACAUAUACUUAUUCACACAGGAAAGAAACCUCAUAUGUGUGAGGUAUGUAACAAAUCAUUUAAGCGGAAAGAUUGUUUAAAAAGCCAUAUGCUUAUUCACACAGAAAAGAAACCUCAUGUAUGUGAAAUAUGUAACAAAUCGUUUGCUCAAAAAUGCAUUUUAAAGGGCCAUAUGGUUAUUCACACAGAAGAGAAACCUUACGUGUGUGAGAUAUGCAACAAAUCAUUUAGCCUCAAGUAUUAUUUAAAAAACCAUGUACUUACUCACACAAAAGAGAAAUUUCAUAUAUGUGAGGUGUGUAAUAAAUCAUUUGCUCGUAAGUCUAAUUUCAUUGCCCAUAUGCUCAUUCACACAGGAGAGAGACCUCAUGUGUGUGAGGUGUGUAACAAGUCAUUUAGACUAUAUGAUUCUUUGGACAGACACAUGCUUAUACAUACAGGAGAAAAAACUGAUGUGUGUAAAAUAUGUAAGAAGUCAUUUAGAGGAAAGAGCAAUUUGAACAAGCAUAUACUUACUCACACAGGAGAAAAACCUCAUGUGUGUGAGUUAUGUAAUAAGUCAUUUACUCAUAAAAGUACUUUAAAAAACCAUAUACUUAUUCAUACAGGAGAAAAACCUCAUGUGUGUGAGGUGUGUAACAAAUCAUUCAGACUGUACGAUACUUUAGACAGACAUAUGCUUAUUCACACAGGAGAAAAACCUCAUGUAUGUGAGAUAUGUAAUAAGUCAUUUACUCAACAAGGUCAUUUAAAAAACCAUUCACUUAUUCACACCAGAGAAAAACUCCAUGAUUUACAUGUAUAACAAAUUACUUUGAUAAUAGAAAAAUUUAAAGAUGGUUGUGUACAAAUUAGAUUAGUAAGAACCUUUAAUUAUUCGUGCAGUAAUUACAUGUCUGUGUUGUAAAGAAAUGUUGUAUGAGGGGUGUUUAACUUGUCAUUUCAUCUCAAUUCUUAAUAAAUAAUUUAGUUGCUUCCAUAACAAAAAAAUCUU